GAUGUUGCGAACAUGAGCCAGACCAGUGCCUCGAGGAUUAUUAAUACUGUGAGCGGUGCCCUGUGCGAACUCGCGAAAUCCGGAAUCAAGUUUCCAGCGACGUCGCGGGCCGCACUGCGCACUGCACGCGGUUUCCUGGAGAUCAAUGGGUUCCCCAAGGUGCUGGGGUGCAUAGACGGCACCCACAUCGCCCUGAAGAUUGCCAAACAAGACCAGCACAUCUACAGGAACCGGAAGGGAUAUGACUCUCUUAACGUGCAGGCCAUCUGCAAUGCCUCAAACGAAAUAACGCAGCUGACGGUGAAAUGGCCUGGCAGCACGCAUGACAGUUUCAUGUGGCGGAACUGCGACCUUGCCGACAAGUUUGAGGCGGGGGACAUGCCUGAAGGGUGGUUGCUUGGAGAUGCAGGUUACCCCCUCCAGCCAUGGCUCAUGACACCCUUCCGCAAGCCCCAAAAGAAGGAGGAGGAGAACUACAAUGACUGCCUGACGAAGACGAGACAAGUAAUCGAGAGAACUUUUGGCAUAAUGAAGUCCCGCUUUAGGUGCCUGGACAGGUCCGGGGGUGUCCUGCAAUACUCUCCUGGUGUGUGCUGCCGCUUGAUCGUAGCCUGCGCAGUCCUGCACAACUACUGCACUCGCCACCACAUCUCCCUUGCAGAACCACCCGGUAAGAAAGACAUAUUUGCUAAAGGUUUCGUGCUCUGA